AUGGGCAAAGUCAAAAUCAGGAAGGGUGACAAGCCGGCCGCAAAAUCGAAUACCCAGGGCCUCCCGUUCAACACUGAUUUUGGUCAGCAUAUCCUGAAGAACCCCGGGAUCGUCAAUGCUAUCGUCGAAAAGAGUGCCAUCAAGAACAGCGACACGGUGCUCGAGGUCGGCCCAGGCACGGGAAACUUGACCGUAAAGAUGUUGGAACAAGCGAAAAAGUUAAUUGCGUUCGAGUUGGACCCGCGGAUGGUUUCUGAGUUGAAGAAGCGUGUGCUUGGGACUGCCGUUCAAAACAAGCUCGAGGUUCGACAGGGCGAUGUGAUGAAGCAGGAAUGGCCGUAUUUUGACGUGUGCGUGGCAAAUUUGCCGUAUCAGAUCUCGUCGCCUUUCGUGUUCAAGCUGCUUCUUCAGAGACCGCUACCAAGAUACGCAGUGCUCAUGUUCCAAAAGGAAUUUGCCGAGCGAUUGCUGGCAAAACCCGGCGAUGAGGAUUACUGUCGAUUGUCCGUGAAUGUACAGCUUUUAGCAAAAGUGGAGCACGUGAUGAAAGUGAAAAGGACUGAGUUCCGGCCGCCACCGCAGGUCGAUUCAGCCGUCGAAUGGGAAGGACUUUUGCGCAUCUGUUUCCUGCGAAAGAACAAAACGGUACUGGCCAUCGUGCGGAUAUCUAACGUCAAGGCGCAGCUCGAGCUCAAUUAUAGGAAAUUUAUGAAAAUGAGGGGAACGGAAAUUCCUGAAGAUCUCGACUUCUCAAAAAUGAUAGAAGAGACCAUCAUGAAUAGCGGGUUCGCCGAGAAACGAGCGAGGACCAUGAAAAUCGAAGAAUUCAUCCAGCUGCUCAUCAUCUUCAACAAGGCCGGUGUUCAUUUCCAUGCA